CGACUCAACACACAAAAUGAUGAAGAAAUUGGGACUGGAGCGGAAGAUCCCAUCUCCCAUGAAACCAGGGGAUUUUUGGAAGAAUUGGUGGAAUUUGCAGGGACUGGGACUAGCAUCCUGCUUGCCUUGCCAGCACCGUGCCAUGUCUUAACCUAGUUUUUGUCCUCUCACAUUGCAUGAUGUGAACUAUACAUCUUUUUUGUAGGAAUUGGCCGGCUUUCAGGAUAAGAGGUAUUAUAGGGAAAAAACCAUUUCCCCUCUCUGUUCCAUAUGUUUUUGGAGACCCUGACCCUUCUGACACACUGCUGUUUGGAAUCUUUCAUCCCCUGCUUGCUCAGCAUUGAGAAAUCCUCACCAGUUGCCCAGGGGAGAAGAUGUGGUAGGUGGUCCCCUGCCUCCCUGGGAGCACAAGAUGCCUUCCUUCUGCUCCCAAGCCUUGGGCAAAGGUAACGCAGGGCCUCUUGACCUGAAGUUUUGCAUCCGUUGUUUGACUGUUGAAGGGAAAUUUUCCAUGCUGGGAUUUCAACUUCCUAGCAAUUAUAAAUCAUUAAGGGUAUUUAACUGGUCUAUACAUUUACAUGAAAAUUAGCCCCAUCUCAUUGCUCUGUCACCUCUAAGAUGAUGCUGUGAUAUAGAAGGGAACGUAUAAAUACGUCUUUCCUUUAGCAAAGGUUUUUUACUGACAGCUUUAGUAUGCACCUCAUGAUGAGUCUAAAGCGAUCAAUAAGCUGCUGUGUCACACAAGGUUAUCCCAAGUUCAGAGCAGGCUUGGUACUGAUUGGUUUCCAAAAUCGGAUGCAUGAGGCUGCUGUGGUCACAGGAGCAAGGUCACCGAGAGGAUCUGGUGACAGUAUAAAUAAUAAAGCAGAGCUUAAGUAAUUUGUCAACAGCACCCCCAAGAUAAAAUUGCACUUUAUUGCAUUGGAUUUGGGGCUUGAUGAUGUGACCUUUCACCUUUCUUGACACCUCUUUUUAUUUUUCCCUUUUAACUUUGAUUUUUUUUUUCUCCCCCAAUGUCAUUGCAGUUUUAAAUAGACUAAAGAAGGUGGUUUGAAGGGAAUAAGUCAGUAAAUCAAUUCCAUCCCAUUAUUGAAUUAGAGACAGGCGUGAUGGACAAGGUACAUUAAAAAGAUAGACAGGUGGAUACAUAUAUAUGAUCAUGGCCAACACUAUGAUGUUUUAUCAUUACGCUGUUGUUAUUAUGCAGAAAUGAAGCAUCCAGGUGAAAUAGCAGACUAUGGUCUGUUAAUUGCAAGAUAUGAUGGCUAAAAUUAAGCACUGAAAACCAAGCCAACUCCCCCUUUACACCCUCCAUGCCUCUCUCCAUAAUCCCGUCAAUGCUCUUUUCCCAUACAAGUCUGUGUCACCAGCAGCCAAAGGUUGUACACGCACGGGGACUUCUCAGGCAGCUGAAUGUCAAACUAUAUUGAGUGGGUGGAUCCUGUUCAUCCAUUUCCCCUCCAAGCCUUUCUAAAAAUACCAUAAACCUUGACAAGGAGCUAUUUUAGAGGAAUCGUAUUCAUGAGGAUAGUCAUGGGAAGCUUAUUUUGGCAGGCUUGCAUGUGUUCAAUUUGCAUGCUUCCUUAGUCAAGGGCUUGGUGAACUUGUGUUGCGAGCCAGUUGGACAUGGGCUUAAGAGAGAGCAUCUGGAUUUUGGGACCUCCUGGGCUGGGACGUCUACUCCAAGUGAGUUUAUAGGAGGAAAAGAAGUGAAGAUAUUCUUAUAGGAAUGUUGAUAUGUGACUGAAGUCAUUCAUUUCAGGCAUUUGCACAUCAGCCCGCAGCUUAUCGGAUCUGAUUUCAUAAAACCUGGCUGUGAUUUCUCUCCAGGGACCUUAAUGAUCUUGCCACUUUCAAUAAACAUUUAUAGAAACUACUGCCAGCCUGUGGAUAAGAGAAACUCCUAUGAGAGACUUUAUCUUCCAAAAAUACUUAAAGACACUAAAAAAAAACCACCCACAAGAAGAUCAAUAGAAAAUGUCAAAAUGUAGCAUUUGCUGGGUAGCUGGAGCUGAAUUGCAGUACCAGACAUUUGUAUUGUAGGCAUGCAGUAGGUACGUUUGCUUUUGUCACUUGGAAAACUGUGCACAUCGGAGCAAUGCUAUAAUUGGGACCAGCAAAACGAUGAAUGUGAAUAAAAGCAAACUGUAAGAGAUAAGAUGGAAAUUAAGCAGAAAUUUCCAUUUUUUCGCAUAAAAAAAUCCAGAUACGAAGCCGAAGCUGCCUUCUUCGCCAACCUGAAACUGUCUGAUUUCAACAUCAUUGACACCCUUGGAGUCGGAGGGUUUGGACGAGUUGAGCUGGUCCAGUUGAAAAGCGAAGAAACAAAAACGUUUGCCAUGAAAAUACUGAAGAAACGUCACAUCGUGGACACGAGGCAGCAGGAGCACAUCCGCUCAGAGAAGCAGAUCAUGCAGAGCGCGCACUCGGACUUCAUCGUGAGGCUUUACAGGACGUUCAAAGACAGCAAGUACCUAUACAUGCUGAUGGAAGCCUGUCUGGGCGGAGAGCUCUGGACAAUUCUCAGGGACAGAGGUUCAUUUGAGGAUUCAACGACCAGGUUUUACACGGCAUGUGUGGUCGAAGCUUUUGCCUACUUGCAUUCCAAAGGGAUCAUUUAUAGGGACCUCAAGCCAGAAAACCUCAUUCUGGAUCAUCGAGGUUAUGCCAAACUGGUCGAUUUUGGCUUUGCAAAGAAAAUAGGAUUUGGAAAGAAAACAUGGACUUUUUGUGGAACCCCGGAGUACGUAGCCCCCGAGAUCAUCCUGAACAAAGGUCAUGACAUUUCGGCAGACUACUGGUCACUGGGAAUCUUAAUGUAUGAACUCCUGACUGGCAGUCCCCCUUUCUCAGGCCCAGACCCCAUGAAGACCUAUAACAUCAUAUUAAGGGGAAUAGACAUGAUUGAAUUUCCAAAGAAGAUUGCCAAAAAUGCUGCUAAUUUAAUUAAAAAACUAUGCAGGGACAAUCCAUCAGAAAGAUUAGGGAACUUGAAAAACGGAGUGAAAGAUAUCCAAAAGCACAAAUGGUUUGAAGGCUUUAACUGGGAAGGGUUACGAAAAGGGACACUGACGCCUCCUAUAAUACCAAGUGUUGCAUCUCCAACAGACACAAGCAAUUUUGACAGCUUCCCGGAGGACAGUGAUGAACCACCCCCUGACGACAACUCAGGAUGGGACAUAGAUUUUUAAUGUAUUUCUCUUACCUGCUUCUGCCUUGCUGAAGACAGCUUCCUGGGACAUGGCUGCCAGCGAAACCGAAAGAAUUGGGGAGGAUUAGUGCUCGGGGUCACCAUGAUGCCUUGAUUGAUGCUGCUACAGUAACUACAGUGGCAUUAGGACUUAUUGCUUAGAUGACAAUAGCGCUCUUCAUGUUUUAUGUUCGAACUUAAAGUAGCAGUUGACAUGGUGGUCCUGACACAAAGCCUUUCACUGGUAAAGAAAUAUGUUUUCUAUCACUGCAACGAUCUUGCUACGCUCUUAAUUAUAAAAGUCGAGAGAUACAUAGUGUAAGAUGCACUUAAUUCUAGCUGCAAGGUACUGGCUUUAUCAGUAGGAUCAAUAGUAAUUUAUUAAGUGCUGUAGCUAAAUACAGUGCAGGAUUUGGGCUACUCCCACCCUCCAAACUCCAUAGGUCUUCUACUGUAGGCCAGUGUAGGAGCAAAGGAGGACCACACGGUACUGGUCAAAGAGUUCAUGUCAAAGCAGUGGUAAAAUUUGUCCUUUUCCUUUCCAAGCAGUAUUCAUGACAAGACUGAAUGUUACUUUUCCUCUUUAUUUUUGAGAUUUUUUUAUUUUAGCCUGGUAAAACAAAAGCACAACUGCUCUAGAUCCCCUUAAGGCAGAUAUGGGUUGCUUCUCUCAUACAGCUGAGAACAUACUGUAACACGAUGUUUGGGUUUUUUUUUUCCUUUCCCUUGGUACAAAUACAUAACUGCAUGAAAAAAACCAACCAUAAAAUUAAUCCAUUUUACAUAUAAAAUAGUGCUUAAAUAAUGGUCCUGUAAUAAAGUGACAGCAGCCCACUGGUCUUACUGGUUAGCUAUUAGGCAUAAAACUAAGCUUAACUUUUACCUUUUUAGAGCCUGAAGGGAAAACAUAAGACCCAUAAUGUACUUUAUAGGUGCUAUGUACAUCCCUCAUCUGUGAAUAUACCUAUUCAGUCAACCACCAUUUCAGAAAUAUGUAGCAAGAGGCAUCAUUCUUCAUCACGCUCUUAGAUGAUUUUACGUCUCUGUGUCUGCAUCUCUUCCAUGUUUAGUACAAAGCUAAUUAAAAUAAAAGGUGGUACUGGGCCAGUUUGCUGGCUCUGUUUGUAAUAUUGCCCAUGAAAAUGUAAUCCUAAUUACACCAGACUAAGGAGCUCCACAGGAAAAUCAGUGGAAUUAAAUGGAAAAUCGAUAUUGGAUGUGGUUGUGCGAGGUCUCCGUGUCUCCAGUGCACCAGGUCCCCAGUGACCGUCUUUAAGGCACGGGAAUGGCUAAAGCCAAGUCGGCUUGUACGGAAAAAGGAGCUGGGGAAAACAAUAUUAGCGUGUGUCCACUUUUCCCUCACUUCCACUGCUUUUCCUUUGCUUGAGUACAGUCUCUCCUGAUUUAUAGGACGUAACAGAGGAAUCCUGUCCUGGAUGCCUGUUUGUUGUGUAUACAUGGGACUAGAAGUUUAUCCCAUCAUACCAACAAGAAACAUCAGCUUUCAGACUCUGUAACAGACCCUGCCCCAAAAAUUAGCAGAUGCUGCCCCAGUUCAUCUCAGAGCUGCCAAGAACUGUUGUAUACGCUGGAAGGCGAAAGAUCAACUUUUGCUGAAAAGUCAUUCAUAUGACUUUUGCCUACAUAGUACACAGAAAAUAUAUGUUUUAGCAGUAAAAAAUUAUUUCCCCGAUACUAAAUCCCCACUCUUUCCCAUGUUCCUAAUGAAAGUGACUUAACAGAGCUUAUGAAAAAGGUUUUUUCUCCCCUUCUUUGACAGCAUUGACGAUGUCUGCUGUUUGCCAGCAAACUAAAGGGCUCGGUCAUCGCGACGCCUUUGAAAACCAGUCUGUGUCGCUAAAUUUCCCUCCUCAUUUUCUGAGGGAAAAGGGUGAGGCAACACUGUCAGCACAGUGACUUCAGGUUGUUUCCGCUAUUCAUUAAUCAUUAAAACCUUGUUUACCUUCAAAACCAUAGGGAAAAGACAGUAAUGACAUCUCCCAGGAAUUACUCAUGUAGGGCAAAUACACGCUCGCUUUUCAGCCUUUGUCUGAGGGAUGGAAGACACUGAAAGCCGGUGCUGAGUACUAGGGCUAAAGUAAUCACUAGGCAUCUUAGCAGACAGGCUGCUGCCUAAAAGCCAGAUUCUUUUCUCGCAUCCCCCUGGUUUUUCACUCGACGAUGCAGCGACAUUGGAGGAGAAAACUUGCUGUCAUUGGUAACUUUGUACAGAAGAAUGUAGAGAGGAGUUUGUCCCAAAAUGAUGACAUUUAGUAGCUGAGAUGCAGUUGUCAGUCAAGGGGUUGCCAGGAGGAAAGGGUAUCACAACAAUUUUGGGGGGCAACCCAAGAACGUUACAGGAAGAAGGUUUUAAAAUGGGCUGAUGAGUUAUUUUUCUUUCUUCCUAUGCCUUUUUCCUUGUGCCAAGCACGGUAAUUAAUACCUGCAGCGUGCGGCAUGUGCUGUACCGAAUAUAAGUUUAUUUUGAUAUCAAACACUUCACUCAACUUUCAUCGCCUUUCCUAAACAUACUUUAAGCAACAUACUUAGCAUAUAUAUAUAUGAAAAAUGCCUUCAUUUAUAAGUAAUAUAUUUGAGUUGCAUUAUAUAUAUAUAUUCACAACAACGGAUUGCCUCUGUGUUUCCACUUACUGUUCUUUCUUCUUUGUCUCUUUUUUUAACAUAUGGGAUGACAGCAUAUUUACGUAAGGGGAAAUCAGCUUCCGUAUUUAAAACAAGUGUAUUAAGAUUGGUGUCAUUAAGACGCAGACGAUCCGUAGCUUCUCACAGUGCUGCAUUAUCCAUAACAAAUUCUUAUUUAACAACAGGACCACAAGCAAAUAUUUAUGUAAAUAGGUAUUUUCGUGUUGAUAUUUUGUGGUACACAUGUAACUUUUUCUUUUAGAGUCCCAUGGCAUUAUUACUUCAUUUUCUUAUUUGUAAUGUAAUGUUUUUAGAUCAAGGUAGACUUGACUUAAUGUCAUAAUUGUCAGUAUUAUUAAACUUUAUGUCAACUGUACUGUUAACUCAUCUGUCCCAUAGUUUUAGAACAUGAUUAGCUAUCUGGCAUUGUUGCAAGUGCCUUAAAUCCAUGGCAUCCUAUUAAAAAAAAAAAAAAAUUACAAAUUUGGUGUUAUGCUGCAUGACAAAGACAAACACACCUCAAAUUGUCGUCCUUUCUUAGCUUGCUGCGUUUUACAGUUCUUUCUGCUACCAAUUUCUAAGCCUUUAUUAUAUAAUAUUGAUGAAUUACAGAAAUGAUGAAGUCGUUCUCUUAUUUCUGUUCAAUGUACCAGAGCUGUGUAUCUGUUAAUGAGAUACAGAGUCAUUUCUGUGAAAUGUAUAAAUGUUAUGUGCGGGUCAAAUUAAUAUAUGACAUCCUAUCAGUCCGUAGACAGGUAUUCCUGUUUUGCUAAGCUGUGCAGUUUCAACCCAUCGUGCCGUCCAGCACCAACCUCCCGUCUUAUACAAACCCCUUUAGAAAUCUCCCACCCCGAAAAAAACGACGAGCAACCCGGUGUGCAACCCGACCUGCGUUUUUUUGACCCGAAACCCCCAUGCAAAGGUGUAGCUCGUUUGCACCACUCAACAAAACAGGAUCUGUGCUUCCCCCCGCCCCCAACUCCUUCUAUAUGCAACCCACCGCGGAGGCGAGCCCUCAGCGCUCCCACAGAGCUGAGCUGGAAAGCUGGAAGCUCCUCGUCCUCUGCAGCUCCCCGGUCGCGUAAACCAGCCGUAACGCUGAGACUUGGGCGGUUUUAGGGCUUUACCGGCAAAAGGGGAAAUUUUGUUUGGAGUUGCCUAUCGUCCCGAGUCCCAAUUUAUGCUGUUUUUACACAAGCCCCGUGUUUUAUAUUCUUGUUUUCUCCAGUUUUCUUCUUACAUGAAAGAGGUUUUGUUUGUCAGACAAAUGUCAGUCAUCCACCAGUCAUCGGCCGGUUGCACUCUUUUGAUGUAGAUUUAAGAACUUUUUUUCAUAAACUUUAACCGCUUUUGUUUUGCUCUGUAUUUUCCCUGCAGCUGUAAUUGCCGAGUGCCUGUUGUAUACUUUAUAGAGUUGAAAUAAAAAUAAUUACUUUUGAA